ACUAGAACAGGCGGUGGCAAAAGUGUAAACAUCAGCAGCCGCCAGCAGCCGCCAUGUUGUAGAAGGGAUGUGGCGAUAAAUUCGUGUAAAAAUUCCAGAUUUGGGCUCAAAUCCUCGCUUUUAUGGGUAUUGAUAUCUGACCAUAGACGGUAGAGACAUCACUGUGUCCCUCAAGAUGAAUCAGCGAACCGACGGCCUCGUCCAACGUCGGAACAUCACCAGGGAGUCGAGCGAGAGCGCUCAGAACCCCAAGGAAUCUGACGACAGCGAUAAGAAAUUAGACCACGAUGAAGAAACGGAGGAGGGCGAUUCCAAAGAAACCAGGCUCACCCUCAUGGAGGAAGUUUUACUUUUAGGUCUUAAAGACAAAGAGGGUUAUACCUCAUUCUGGAAUGACUGCAUAUCAUCUGGUCUUCGAGGAUGCAUCCUCAUUGAACUAGCUCUCCGAGGACGCAUUGAACUUGAAAAGGCAGGGAUGCGACAUAAAGGUUUACUAAACCGUAAAGUUAUCAUGAAAAGUGAUACACCUACAGGAGAUGUUUUGCUUGAUGAGGCACUAAAGCACGUAAAGGACAUGGAUCCUCCAGAAACUGUUCAAAGCUGGAUUGAAUAUCUCAGUGGAGAAACUUGGAACCCAUUGAAAUUAAGAAUUCAGCUAAAGAAUGUUCGCGAACGCCUUGCUAAAAAUCUUGUUGAGAAAGGAGUUCUUACAACAGAAAAACAGAACUUUCUUCUGUUUGAUAUGACCACACAUCCUGUCACAGAUAACACUGCAAAGUCAAGACUGGUCAAAAAGGUACAAGACUCAGUUCUAAGCAGAUGGGUCAAUGACCCACAUCGUAUGGAUAAACGCUUGCUGUCACUUUUGUUCCUAGCCCAUGCAUCAGAUGUUCUGGAAAAUGCAUUUGCUCCUCUUAAUGAUGAUGACUAUGAAGUUGCCAUGAAACGAGUCCGUGAUUUACUUGAACUCAAUUUUGAGAGAGAAAGUAUGACACCAAACACUAAUGAGCUUAUUUGGGCUGUGUUUGCGGCCUUUAUCAAGUAAAAGGAAUUUUGCCAUUGGUGGCAUUGCCACAUAGGUGAGACAAUCGUGAUAUACUUGUUUGUUUGGUUUGAACUUGGGAUGAUUGUAACUUGUCUCCAAUCUGAAAGGGUUCCAGUGAUUGUAAAUUUUAAUAUUUUAGUUGCAUUGUUGCAAAGAACACUCUUUGUGUUAUGUAUGGUUUGUCUUUGUUUUUCUUUGUAAAAACGGGGUAAUACAUUUUAUUUCUCAUGAAAAAAUUGGUUUUGCAUGAAUAAACUUACUUACCAAUUAUGUGGGCUGGAAUCAUAUGCUUAAUUUGUUCUUCUGCUUGCAUCUAAUUAAUUUACUCAAAACUCAUUCCACAUUUUCUUCAACUUAUGUAGCUAGUGAAAAAUGGAUGCAGUAAAAUGAAAAAAAACAAAACAAAAACAAAUGAAAUUAAACUGUGAUAAAUGUUUUGGUGUAUUUUUCAGCACCCUGAGGAGUUUCAAAACUAUGUAUUAAACUUGGUUUUAGGAAAGUUCAAUCAGCCUGUUCAAAUCAAACCACUAAUUUGAGCUUAAAUUAUCUUUUAAGAACAAAUGAAAUUCCCACUGUUUUAGACUUUGUCAAUGUUUUUUUUUUUCAUAAAAAUUAAAGAACCUUAGUAGGCAGAAAAAAAAAAGGAAUUACAGUUUAUCUUACUGUGAAAUUAAAAAUAUCUGUCAUGCUUGCCAGGGUAAGGCACGUAAACUGUUCCAUCUCACACAAAGCAGUUCCAUUCUAUUAAAUUAUGUGCUCAAAAUUUUGAUUAUGUAUAGGAUUUAUGAUAUGAGAUGAAACAGUUGACUUUAAUCUCAUCGUUGAAGUAUUCGUUCAUCAGCCUCCUUCCUAUACAUCACGGUAAAAUUAGUAAUUGAGAAGUGGAACAAUAAAGAAAUCCUCUUGAGAUGGACAUCUUUCUUAUGCUUACAAGAUUUAAAAGCCUGAUAUUUAUUUAUGGAUAGUGCUUUACUUGCUUCAAAUGAUUACUUUAUAGAAUGCAUUCCAAGUUCUUGUGGAAAUGGUUUGUGUCCUUGCUCUGGUUGGUUGUGUAAAGCAUGAUCUAAGAUUCUGAUUGACUUUUGAAGAGGUGCAAAUACUUCUGUUAUUGUUGACCUAUAUGUACUUUGUUAAAAAUAGAAAUGGAAAAGUAUUGUAUAUAAUUUUAUUGUUUUCUCGUAAUAUCGGGAAACGUUCUUGCAUAAAGUUUCUGUUGACAUUGUUUGGUACUUAUUUGUACCAGCCACUUAACUUGAGGUAUAGCUUAAAUUAAUUCUCUUUUUAAAUAAGAGGCAAGUAUUGUGAACCUGAUCCAGGACACUUGUUGUUUUCUUGUCAUGUUCAGAUCAAAUUCUUCAUUGAAGAAUUUGGCCAAAAGGAAAGAUCAGAAGGGGGUUUGAUUGUGUAUUAUGUAUAUGUAUGUAUAAAAUUUGUUAUUACUACUAGCAUAGGAUCACUGAUGAGACACUGUAGUGAAAAUGUGGUUGGAGGACUCGAUUUGCCAGAAAAGUUUGAUGCCUUGACUGUAAAUAAUGAUGCUGUUUGUGUACCUCUACCCUUAAAUAUGUCAAAUGCAAAGAUUUGCAAAAUA